CUCUGAGCAAGCCCCCGUGCGACAGUCUGGCCGGCUGACCAGAUUGCCCACCUAGGCGCACACUGCUGCCCUCCAACAGAGAGAGACAGACACGGCAAACGGACGCGGCCAGCGGGGUGACGCUCAACUGGAAUGGCUUAUGUGCCUCCAAAGGCGCGCGCGAAUAAAGGUAUCUCCAUAACUACCUAGUACCGCCUCCGGCGGCCCUCCACAAAACCCUCCACGCCCGGGUGACAGCCCCGAACCCUCCACCCGCCGCCCCCUCCGUCACGGGCGACCUUGACAUCGAUCCUCCGCUCGCUAUCCUGCACCCACGCCAUGCCAUACCGUUUCGACUCGCGCGUGCCGCUGCGCCCUCGUUCCGCCCGCCCUCACAGUUCCAGGCCCACGCAGACGAGAUCCGUCGUCGAUGCUGCGCAUGAGCCUCGCGAGGCACUCGUCCUCCUCCUCCUCCGCCGCCGCCGCCGCCGCCGCUCGCCCUGAGCCCUGGGGCUCUGAAGCCCGAGCGGCCCCCCCCGCUCCCCUCUUCUCCCCCGCCGCAGCCACGACGAGGACGACACCGCCGCCGCCGCCGCCGCCGCCGCCAGCAUGGGCGAGAGCCCCAAGGAAGGCUACAGCCGCUCCGCAUGCACAGAAUGCCAGCGUCGCAAGCAAAAGUGCAAUCGCGAAUGGCCCUGCAAUCACUGUCAGAAACGCAAGGUCGCCGACAAGUGCCGCUUCGGUGGCCACGCCAGCCCAGACCGGCCGGGCGAGUCGCGCAAACGCCAGCACAGCAACGACGACACCGACUCCACCGACACGAACCCAUGGGAUGACGCGGACAGCGGCUUCGAGGCCCUGGGGUACACGGCGUCUCACCUCUUCUCUGGCCUCGGCCAGGAGCGGAGAUCCAAGACGACCGCGAGGCAGCAGCGGCAAUACUACAUGGAUGCCGGAUCGUGUCCGCAGCUCGCCCGCGCCCUUCAGGUGCUGCCGCCGCGACCGUACACGGACUCACUCGUCCAAAACUUCCUCAAUAACGUUAACUACCAUUACUACAUCAUCUAUCCGCCUUCCUUCCUCGACGAGUACCGCAACUGGUGGGCGUUGCGCUCCGACGGCCGGCCGCUCGAACUGCACUGGACAUGCCUGCUGCUAGUCGUUUGUGCCUGCUCUGCGCAGUACACCGACCCUGAGCUGCAACAGAAGCUCGAGUCUGACCUUGGCGAGUCGAUACAGCGUCUGACCGAGGCCUACCAUAAUGCCUACCGCGAGCUGCACAGCGUCAUUCCCGUUGGCCACAAUCACCUUCUCAAUGUUCAAUCUCUGUUGCACUCGUGCUACUGGUACAAGUCGGAGGCGCGCUUCAUCGAGUGCUGGCAUGUCCUGAGCACGGCGAUCCGCGAGGCCCAGGAGCUGGAACUCCACCACGAGACCUUCGCCGGCCACAUGUCUGAGUUUGAUCGCGAGAUGCGGAGACGGGUGUGGUGCAUCCUCAACGCCUGGGACUGGCAAAUAUCGUCGUUGCUCUCGCGCCCCCUGCUAAUAGACCGCACCGACUGCGACGUCGGACACCCGAGUCUCAAGCUCGAGGGGUACUCGCCCUCACCAUUGCUGCACAUGAGACUGCAGUCGGAGAUUAUCAUGCGGCUCUCUCACCGCUUUGGUUCGAUCAAGAACGUCGCUAGCCCUGAUGACGUGCAGGAGUACCGGCGCCUUAUCGACGAUUGGACUUAUACAUUCCCCCCAGCUUACGACCUCAAGAACCCCGACACGAGUGCCGACGCGCAGCGGCGCUGGAUCGUGCUGCACCGCCACUACUUGCGUACCAUGACCUACUCGAUGAUGCUCGACCCGUUCCGUGCAUACCUAACUCGGCACAUGUCCGCAUCGUCGCCGCCAGUGGAGCUCAGCAUCCGCAGCGACGGGCUUGACUACGCAUUACGCCUUGUGGGUGCUCUGCACGGCUUCUUCGACCACGUUUACCCUCGUGAUGCCAAGUUUCACUGGGUGCUGUUCUGCAUCUUUGACACGGCGGCCGUGCUGUGCUCGUCGCUGAUGCACGACGACGACGGCAGCAUCCCGCGGCGCGAAGAGAUCCUCGGCGCUAUCGAUGAUGCCGUCGACAAGCUACGACGCCUCAACACAGUCACCAAGGCGGCCAGGACGUCGUACGAGGUCCUGGUCCGCGUCUCGCAGCGCGUCACGCGCAGCCCCAAACCUCCGGUGCCGUUGCCCUCGCCGCCAGCCAUAUUGCGAGCGCGGCCGCAAGAAUCUAGGAAACUGGCCAGGCCGAAUGCUGCUGCUCCCAGCGCGCCCGUUACCGGGCCGUACCCGUACGCCGGCGCCAUGGCGCUCGCCCCUACGGCGCCGAUGCCCGGCGUCAUGACUUCGGGGCCGGGAUACCCCGUGUCGACGGCGCACGGCUUCGUACCGACGUCGGCGCCCGUGGCCAUGGGCUAUCCGGCGUACCACGAGGCAAACCCCUACCAGGCGGUCGAGUUUGGCGACAUCACGCAGCAGGACCUGGGCGAUCUGGCCAGCCUGUGGGACUAUGAGAGCCUGGACCUGAACUUUAUCGGACCCACCCUCAUGGGGUAGGGGGAGCGAGGCUGUCGUGGAACAGCGCAGAGUUAUAGUAUUACUAUAAGGCCCUCAUCAUGGACGGAUGCUUGCAUGCCGUCAACACUGCGCGCGAGCAAGGGCACACUACCUAUGUAGGUACAUGGCUGCCACGUCCAGCCUGGACGAUCUUCCCUCAGAUGGAACAAAUUCAAGCUCGCGGGUG